CAUCAUCAUCAUCCCCACUUUAUCAUACACCUCCAAAAGAUAGAUAGAGGAUUCCUCUACCUUUUGAAAAACAGGACUUACCUGUUGCUGGAGGUGGUCGUCGUAAUCUAUCAGAGCCUGCCUAGGUGCAGGCUUGGCACCCAAUCGCCAAAAUGUCAUCUUCAACUGUUGCAGUUGGCGACACUCUCCAUCGCAUCUUUGGCAACCUAAAAUCUCGUGACGAAACAGUACGAGCAGUGGCAUCCCGCGAAUUAUCUCACCAUGUCGCAUACGUCACCACAGAACUCAAAGGCGAUUCUGUUGCCUCGUUUAAUAGCGAGCUCAGCAGAUUGAUCUUUGGUCUGACGCACAGUCCACAAGUCAAUGAAAAGCUUGGAGGAAUUGCAGCGAUCGAUAGCUUGAUCGAUAUGGAAAGUGAAGACAAUAGUGCAAGGCUCUACAGAUUCUAUCAAUACCUCAAACCCAAUCUUCCCUGCAACGAUGCUAUCGUCAUGAUUGCUGCCAGCAAGGCUUUGGGCAGGGUAUGCAAACAAGGCGCUCAUUCUCUGGGUGAUCAAUUCAUCGAAUUCGAGGUCUUACGUGCAUUGGAUUACUUGCAAAGUGAUCGUGAACGAAACGAAUCAGGUCGAUAUGCAGCCGUCUUAAUCAUCAAGGAAAUGGCAAGAAGCGUACCACAUCUAUUCCACGUCUAUGUCAGCCGAGUUCUAGACAGAAUCUGGGUAGGAUUGCGUGAUACUCGUGUGUUGGUUCGAGAAGGUGCUGCAGAGGCUUUAGGAGCAUGUUUGCAAAUCAUUUCACAGCGUGAAAAACAAAUGGGAAUCCAAACCUACGAAAGUAUAUACGAAGAAGCAGAAAAAGGGCUCAAAUCAUCAGCGGUAGAAUCCAUACACGGCAGCUUAUUAGCCAUUCAAGAGCUGCUACAACAUUCCAAAACAUUCAUGCGAUCCCGCUUUCAUCGUGCUUGUGAUCUCGUCUUCCGUUUACACAAGCAUCGUGAUCCACUCAUCAAACGAACAAUCACCAGCCUCGUUCCAGUCUUGGCCAAUUACGAUCCAUCCUAUUUCGCUGAACAGCAUCUUGGAAGUGUGAUGGGUAUACUCACAGAUCAGCUACGCAAAGAGAAAGAUAGACCUUCGCGAGACUCUGUGGUCCAAACAUUCGAGGCAAUCGGAUUGGUAGCAGCAGCUAUGGGCAGCAAGAUGAAACCGUACAUCGAGCAGAUUCUCUCCUGCGUAAAAGAAGGUCUUCAAUCACGCGGAAAGAAGAACGCUAUGCCUGAAGGACCAAUUUUCUUUUGUAUUGGAUACCUUGCUACCGCUGUUGGUCCGCAUCUUACAAAGUAUAUGCACGAAUUGCUGGACCUGAUGUUCGGAUGCGGCUUAAGCACUCACCUUGUGGAAGCUUUGGAUCGAAUUGUGAGAUCUGUGCAGCCUCUGCUGCGCGUCAUUCAAGAUAGACUUCUUGACAUGCUCUCGAUGGUUUUGAUCGGACAGCCGUAUCGACCUCUUGGUGCACCUCCCACAGUCAGAACGACUUCAGGAUCACAAGUAUACAAUGCAAAUGCCACAAGUGCAGAGAAAUCGGUAGAGACAAUCACAGUAGCGCUGGAUACCCUGGGCAAAUUUGACUUUAGUGGUCACAUCUUGAAUGAAUUUGUGCGUAAUUGCACAUUGCCCUACCUCGAAAAUGAUCAUGCUGAGAUUCGCAAAGCUGCCGCUGUCACAUGUGCAAGGUUGUUCAUGCAUGAUCCAAUUUGUUGUCAAACGAGUAUGCAUGCGAUUGAAGUCGUCAACGAUGUCUUGGACAAAUUGAUGACUGUGGCCAUCGCCGAUCCAGACUCCCAUCUACGAUUUACCGUCUUGUCUUCACUCAAUGAGAAUUUUGAUAGACAUCUAGCUCAAGCGGAAUAUGUGCGUUCUUUAUUCAUUGCUUUGAAUGACGAAGAAUUCACUGUUCGAGAAGUGGCAAUAAUCAUCAUUGGGCGUCUCUCACUACACAAUCCUGCCUACGUUAUGCCUUCAUUGCGCAAAGCAUUGAUCCAAUUGCUAACAGAGCUCGAAUAUGCAACAGUAAGCAGACACAAGGAGGAAGCAGCAAAAUUGUUGACAGAGGUGAUUCGUGCAUCCCCAAAGCUUGUCAAAUCUUAUGCGUUGCCCAUCCUCGAAGUGAUGCUUCCAAGAGCGAAUGAUCCUGUUUCCGGCGUCUCAGCUAGGGUGAUUGAAUGCUUGGGUGAAUUGGCCCGAGUAGGAGGUGAAGAUCUGGCACCUCAGGUAGACCAGCUCAUGCAACUUUCCAUCGAACAAUUAUCCACCGUCAGCGCACAUGCAUCUACAGCAAAGCGUAAUGCCGCACUCAGAACUUUGGGUUUGGUGGCUUCCAAUACAGGCAAUGUAGUCAGUCCCUACCUCAAAUAUCGUUCUCUUCUAGGUACAAUCGUAAAGAUCCUAAAGACCGAGCAAUCGCCGCCAGUACGAAGAGAAACGAUACGAGUUAUGGGUAUCCUUGGUGCUCUAGACCCAUAUCGUUACAAGCUUCUCGAGAAAACUAGCGGUGAUGACGGAGCAAACAGUGACGAGAAAGGUGCAAGUACCGAUUUGUUUGAUCUCGCAAUGGCAGUAGGCACAUCUUCCGACGAAUACUUCCAAAAUGUCGCGAUUGAUGCCUUGAUUGGUAUUUUGAAAGAUCCGUCCCUAUCAGUCCACCACCACGCAGUCAUUGAAGCGAUCAUGUACAUGUUCAAAACACAAGGUUUAAAGUGCGUCAACUUUUUGCCUCAAAUCAUUCCUGCUGUCCUCAGCGUGAUUCGGACUGGAACGACUGGUCUAUCCGAAUUCUACUACCAGCAAUUGGCCAUCUUGAUCUCCAUCAUCAAACAGCAUGUGCGCAAUUACCUCAAAGACAUCUUUGAUCUUGUGCAAGAGAUGUGGAAUCCAAAUUCAUCAAUCCAACUAACCAUUGUCACGUUGGUGGAAGCAGUGGCAAAAGCAUUGGAGGGUGAAUUCAAGACAUACGUACCCAUUCUUUUGCCGAAUAUGCUCCAAGCACUCGACGGAGAAGUCACACAAAGUCGCCAACCAACCAUGAUCCGAAUCUUGCAUGCAUUCUGGAUCUUUGGUAAUGCAAUUGAUGAAUAUCUGCAUCUGGUCAUCCCCGUAGUGGUGAAAGUAUUUGAGCGCUCAGAUGCAACACCCUUGUUACGCAAGCAAGCCAUUGUGGCCAUCGAACAAAUCUCUUCGAAAGUCAAUCUUUGCGAUCAUGCUAGUAGAGUUGUGCAUCCGCUUGUUCGAGUUUUGCAAAAUCCCAAUGCGGGAACAAGCUCAGCUAAUGCAGAUCUUCGUAAUGCUUCAAUGGACACGCUGUCCGCUUUGGCGUUCCAAAUGGGUGCAUCCUAUACCGUCUUUAUCCCUGUGGUAGGCAAAGUGUUGGAUCAGCAACAUAUCACCAAUUCAAAAUACAAUCAACUCGUGACCAAGCUACUCAACGGCGAACGAUUACCGCAAAGUGCUGCGCCGAGCAGUCAUAUGAUCGAAGACAAUGCAGAGGAAGCACCUUUGGGAGAGGUAACGAAACUUCCUGUCAAUUUGCAACAUCUCAAACAAGCAUGGGAUACAUCCAGACUAUCCAAUGCUGACGAUUGGCGUGAAUGGCUUCGAAGAAUGGCCGUAGAAUUCCUGCGAGAAUCACCUUGGCAUGCCCUUCGAGCAUGUAGAGCAUUGGCUGAUAGCUAUGCUCCUUUGGCUCAUGAACUUUUCAAUGCUGCGUUCAUCAGCUGUUGGACAGAGCUCAGCGAUCAAUACCGAGAUGAUUUGAUCAAAAACUUGGAGCUUGCCUUUGAUGCAGUUGAUAUUCCCGACCAAGUUAUCCACUCUUUGCUCAAUUUGGCCGAAUUCAUGGAACAUGACGACAAAGCAUUGCCCAUCAACAUCCGUCUCUUGGGAGAUCGCGCAUUAAAGUUCCACUCGUACGCAAAAGCAUUGCAUUACAAAGAAGCCGAAUUCCUGUCACAAUCUUCUUCACAGAUUAUUGUCGAUCUGAUCGACAUCAACACAAAGCUGCAACAAUCCGAUGCAGCUUUCGGUGCUUUGACAUACGCUCGAGAACACCAUCUCACUGACGCUAGCCGCAACGAUUCUUCGGAAUGGCUGGAGAAGUUGCACAGAUGGGAAGAGGCCUUGUUCGCUUACAGCAGACGCAUCGAAUCUGAAGGUGAAUCAUGGGAAGCACGUUAUGGUCAGAUGCGUUGCUUGCACGCCCUUGGUGAAUGGGAGCGAUUAUUGGAAGCAGUCAAACAAAGAUGGAAUGGAUUUGGUCGUGUGGGAACAGAACAAGAACGUAAAUACAUGGCACCUUUGGCUGCUGCUGCUGCCGUUGCACUCAACAAAUGGUCAGAAAUGGAAGAUUUCAUCUCCGCAAUCCGAUCAGACGAAAGCAAGGAUUACUUCCGUGCUAUCCUAUAUACCCAUCGAGCACAACGUCAUCUAGCCUUGAAGCACAUCACACGAGCUCGUGAUAUGCUCGAUUCCGAGUUGACGAAUCUCAUUAGCGAAAGCUACAGUCGUGCUUAUGAUCUGAUGGUACGCACGCAGAUGUUGUCCGAAUUAGAGGAGGCACUGGCAUACAAGACAGAUUAUUUCGAUCAGCCCGAUCGACAGGCCACCAUGCGUGCUACUUGGAUGAAGCGUUUGAAAGGCUGUCAACCCGAUGUGGAAGUUUGGCAAAGAAUCUUGUCUGUUCGCAGUAUUGUUCUGACACCUGCUGAUGAUACAGAAACAUGGAUCAAAUUCGCCAAUCUGUGCCGAAAGAGUGGAAGAAUGGUACUGGCAGAAAAGACGCUCAACAGCUUAUUGGGACCGGAUUUGGUGGUGAAUGAAGUCGAGCCUACUGCUGCAAUUGCAGCUCCCAAAGCGCCACCUUCUGUCAUUUAUGCUCACUUGAAGUUCAUGUGGGCAUCCGGAGCCAGAUUAGAAAGCUUGAACUACCUACGUGACUUCACCGUCAAUUUGGCAGAGGAUCUUGGACUGCAUGGAGUUGAUGAGCAUGGAAACGCUGUUGCACAAGACUGGCGCACACAACCCAGAUUGGAAGAAUUUGCACGCUUAUUGGCCCGUUGCUACUUCAAACGUGGUGAAUGGCAAGCAGCUUUGAACGAAGAUUGGGUAACGGAUAACAAUUGCGACGUCAUUGACAGUUAUCGAAGAGCCACCGAAUUGGACAAGCACUGGUACAAAGCAUGGCACGCUUGGGCUUUGGCAAACUUUGACGUGAUCAGUCAUUAUGAACGUUUGGACGAAAAUGUUUCGGGUCGUGUGAUCGUUGCACGCAUAGUUCCAGCCGUUCAAGGUUUCUUCCGUUCCAUCUCUCUUGCCAGUGGUAACAGUCUGCAAGAUACCUUGCGUUUGCUUACUUUAUGGUUCAAAUUUGGCUACAUUGACUGCGUUGCUGAAGCGGUCAACGAAGGAUUUAACAGCGUCAUCAUUGACACUUGGCUGGGAGUGAUUCCGCAAAUCAUUGCACGCAUCACUGUGCCCAGUCCAAAGGUCAUUCGUCUUAUUCACAAUCUACUGUCCGACAUUGGUGCUGCACAUCCGCAAGCAUUGGUUUAUCCUCUAGCCGUGGCUGCCAAAUCGCCAAGUACUACCAGAAUCAAAGCUGCAAUGGACAUCAUGGAGAACGUACGUGAACAUAGCCCGUUGCUCGUCGAACAGGCUUUGUUAGUCUCAAAUGAAUUGAUUCGAGUUGCAAUUCUGUGGCACGAGAUGUGGCACGAAGGCUUGGAAGAAGCCAGCCGAUUGUACUACACAGAGCACAACAUUGAUGCAAUGUUUGCCACUUUGGAACCAUUGCACGAUGCGUUGGAGAAAGGACCAGAGACAUUACGUGAGACAUCGUUCGCCCAAACAUACGGUCGCAACCUGGCAGAAGCUCGUGAUUGCGGACGCAGGUACCGUCAAUAUGGUGAAAUUGCUGAUUUGAAUCAAGCAUGGGAUCUGUACUACCACGUUUUUAAGCGAAUUCAAAAACAAAUGCCCUCGACUUCCAAUUCGGUUCAAUUGGACUUGCAGUACGUCUCACCAAAGCUGCUUGCGCAAAGAGAUCUUGAAUUGGCCGUCCCAGGUACUUACGAAAGUGGAAAGCCAAUCAUUCGAAUCAGCAACUUUGAACAACUCAUUUUGGUCAUCGCCUCGAAGCAAAGGCCAAGACGUAUCAAAAUGAAGGGCAGCGAUGGUAGAACGUAUCAAUACCUACUCAAAGGUCAUGAAGAUUUGCGUCAAGAUGAACGUGUUAUGCAAUUGUUUGGUCUUGUCAAUACUUUGCUUUCUAUCGAUGCAGAAUCGUACAAACGCCGUUUGGAGAUUCGUCGUUAUCCUGUCAUUCCUCUCAGUCCCAACACGGGAAUGUUGGGAUGGGUUGAAAAUACAGAUACCUUGCAUGUUUUAAUCAAAGAAUACCGCGAGCAACACAAAAUCUUGCUCAACAUUGAGCAUAGGUUGAUGUUGCAAAUGGCACCGGAUUACGACAGAUUGACGUUGAUGCAAAAAGUCGAAGUGUUUGAAUAUGCUCUAGAUAAUACGCCGGGUCAAGAUCUGUAUAGAGUAUUGUGGCUCAAGAGUAGAAGUUCAGAAAGUUGGCUUGAACGUAGAACGGCAUACACACGCAGUUUGGCAACAUCUUCCGCUGCUGGCUACAUUUUAGGUCUUGGUGAUCGACACCCUUCCAACCUGCUACUGGACAGAUUGACAGGGCAAAUCAUUCACAUCGAUUUCGGUGAUUGUUUCGAAGUGGCAUGCAGUAGACCGAAGUUCCCGGAAAAGAUUCCUUUCCGAUUGACACGUAUGUUGGUGAAUGCGAUGGAGAUAGGUGGUAUCAAGGGUACAUUCAAAGUCAGUUGCGAGAGUACAAUGCGUGUCUUGCGUGAUAACAAAGAGAGCGUUUUGGCAUUGCUGGAAGCGUUUGUUCAUGAUCCAUUGAUCUCUUGGCGUUUAUUGACGGAUGAAAUCAAUCCGACCGGCGCAGAAUUAAAAGCACCCGAUGCAAGCGAAUUCGAAUAUGAAGCAAUGGCUAAUGCAGUAUCCGGAAAAGAUCAAGGACAACAGCACGGUCAACAUGCCAAUUCUACAAAUAUGAAGGAUGCAGCAUUAGAAGGAAUUGAUGAACAAAUCGGAGGUCAAAAUGGUCAAAGAUUGGCAAAUGGUGUCAACAUCAAUGCCGCCGUUGCUGCUGCUGUGGGUGAUGUUCGUAACAAACGAGCAUUAGAGGUCGUUCGAAGAAUUCAAAACAAAUUGAAUGGUCGUGAUUUCAAUCCAAACGUAAGCUUAAGUGUUCCAGAGCAAAUUCAAAGGCUCGUUCAAGAAGCAACAAGUUUGGAGAACUUAUGUGUUGCAUUUAUUGGUUGGUGUAGUUUCUGGUGAUUGUAUCUCAUUAUGUACAUUAUCAUGUGUUUGAUUGUUAUUAUCGAAUGAAGAUUGUUUAUCCUAU